AAGCACAGCAGAGACGAGUGCUCACACGAGAUGGGGAGGGCAAAGCAAGAUCAUAAAUCAUUGAUCUGUUCACUUUUAACUCAACAUCUCCUCUAUUGAUUCCCACAGGAGCGCACUCUCUCCCCAUGGAGUCUCACCAGUAAGACACAGCUGUGAACCAGACAUGUCUGCACUGAAACAGUGAGGAAAGAGAGAGAAAAGAGGAGAGAAGAUCAAGGAACAUAUACUUCUACCUUCACUCACUCAGAAAGGCAGUUAUGGAUCCAAUAGUUGAAGUGGUAGCGCUGCUGCUGGGAUUUAUAGGCUGGGUGAUGGUUGGAGUGGCGUUACCGAACCGCUACUGGAAAACCUCCACUGUGGACGGGAAUGUGAUCACCACUUCAACUCUGUACGAGAAUCUAUGGAUGUCAUGCGCCACCGACUCCACCGGAGUUCACAACUGCCGAGAGUUUCCCUCCCUGCUCGCACUGUCCGGAUACAUCCAGGCUUCGAGGGCCCUUAUGAUCGCUUCUAUAGUGAUGGGAACCUUCGGGCUGGUGGCUUCUCUCAUUGGCAUGCAGUGCUGUAAAGCAGGAGGGGACAACUAUGUGCUGAAGGGCAGAAUCACUGCAGUAGGGGGCAUCUUCUUUAUUCUACAAGGCUUGUGCACCAUGAUAUCUGUUUCAUGGUAUGCAUUCAACAUCACCCAGGACUUCUUCAACCCGCUCUACCCAGGAACAAAGUAUGAGAUAGGAGAGGGACUCUACAUUGGAUGGUGCUCUGGGACUCUUGCCAUCUGUGCUGGAGUGUGUCUUGUGUUUGCCUGCAAAUCUAACUCAGAUGAUAACAAAUCUGCUUACCCGUACCAGCCUUCCAGGGGGACAGUAUACUCAGGAGCAGCUUCAAGGAGAGACGCCGCAAGCACUUAUGACAAGAAUGCAUACGUCUAAUCAAACAUCAAAGACCCAGCCAGACCACUAAGGUCUAUUCAAACCUUAGUCAAUUCAACAUGUAAAAAUGUGACACUCACUGUCUGUUGACAUGUAUGCUCUUACAUUCAUAAUCAGUGCAAAUAUGUAAAUAUUUAGACUUUAACCAGAGUUGGAGGCAAAGAAGGUUAGUUCUAAUCAAGAAGAUAUGCCAGUUUGAAAGUGUAAAUACUAUUCAAAAUAGAUCAAUUUAGAGAGUUAACUUUAUACCAGAGCUUUUAAAUCUGUUGUACAGAAAAUGCCUUGGAAUCAUAAUAACUUUACACAGGUUUUGUAAUUAUGCUGCACUCACAUUCACUAUGUAGAGGAAUAUCAAUGCUUUUUAUAAAUAUUUUGUGAGAAUGUCAGUAAUUCACAAUGUAGAUGAAAAAUUUGUUAGUCUGUGGCUAAUAUAGCCUACACCAGAGUAAAAUAAAAAGAAAGAAAAAUGA